AUGGCCCUGGACGCCAACCUCUUCACCCUUGUGCUCACCCCUGCCAAAGGGGAGCCGACUGUCGUAGAUCUCGUAGACCCACAUGGAGAAGUUCACUACAGGAAGCGUUUCAUCUCAUCACAGCCGACGUAUCAGAUGAGCAUCUUCGAUCCGCACACCGAUGCGUUGCUUUGCACUGUCGCUGGUACGAACCCUGCAGCAAAGCAGAAGACGAUUGAAUUGUUUAAUCCGAAUGUCACCGUGUCGUUUCAGAACACAGGAACAUUAUCCUUCAAGUGGUCGUUCACCUGGGAACAGCAUGAAUUUGAAUGGAAGAAGGAAGCGUGCUUCUUGAUCCGCAAACCGGAUCCGCCCGUAAUAGUGUGCUCAUGUGACGCCCCCCAGACUUCGAAGCGAUCUGCGCUACAGAUCCUGGACUAUAACUUGCAGCGAUUCGAUAUUGAUGAUCGCAAAGGGCUAGAGAUCUGCAUAAUUGCCGGACUCCUCUCUUUCUACGACCAGCAAGAUGAGAGCAACCGUGUGAGGCAACCAGAGCGAAGGGGGCCCCUUCCGGUGGUGCCGUCCACAGCUCAGCCAGAGCUUAGACCCCAUCCAUCUCAAGAGUCCCUCGAUAUCAAGAAGGAUCUUCCUCCUCCCCCUCCCGUACCGAUACCACGAGACGGCAACGAGAUCUUCAUUAUCGACGAUGUGCCUGUGCAUGACUAUGUUCAACAGUGCGCCGAGCUGCUACUGGACGAGAACAUCCUCUUCAUCAUCCUUCGUGCGCAGUCGACGACGGCUGUACCAAAGUGUGUAACAGUGGCGGAGGAGGUGAAGCGCUGGAUCUAUAGGAGCACAGACGAGGAUCAGGAGCUGCAUCAGUAUGUGACGACUGAUGAGAAAGUCGACGGAAGGGGAAAGGGGAGGGGGAAGCAUAGGAUCAACCUGGAUGAGCCCGUCAACAACCCCAAACAUGACUAUCAUCCCCUCGGCCCUCCUCAGACUCUUACCAUCCACCUCUCCAAGAUCCCCAUGCCGGAGUUGCAGCCCAAGGCAGCUCCGAAGCCACCCACGAUCCCUCGAGCUCCCCCAAUUGCUCAAUAUGUUCCUCCAUCAGGAGCCCCACCCAACCUCUCCCCGUCGGAGCCCAGGAACCGCCUUACCAAAGCAGACAAGGGGAAAGGCCGCACAGCCGAACUCCUCCCACUUCCAAAUACUGAUAGGAAGUCUGAAAAGGCGAAGGGAAAACAGCGGGCCGAGUCCCCUCCACCCGACCCGGCAGCGCGGGUCGACAAAGGCAAAGGUCGCGAAAACCCGACUCCGAUGCUCUUCUCCCCCAACCCUUCUUCGUUCCCAGCCGCGGAGUCCCGACCAGACAAGGGGAAGACCCGAGCAGACGACCCACCACCCGCCCGCGGAAGGACGCAUCGACCCUCUCCGUCCGUCCCUCAGCUGAGGAUCGACACUUCUGCACGUCCUGCCUCUGCGCCUACUCAGCCGAGGCCACUUAGCUACCAGCCCAACUCGGUAUCACAGCGUCCCCCGGCGAACAGCCAGCAAUACCCACUUCCACCCCAGCCUAAUCGGCAGGGCUACGAUAACCCCAACUCAGUGUCACGAUACCCUCAGUCUGGGCCACAGCCUUAUGGGAUCGCUCCUGGUCCAUACGCCGUAUACGGGACGUCUUCUGGGGCGGUGAAAGUUGCAGGGCAAGGAGCGUAUUUGGCCCCGUAUCCCCCUGGGACACAAGCACAGGGGACUCGCCCGCAGUCGGACUCAGGAGGUAGCAUGUUUGAUAAGAUAUUUAGGCCGAGGUCACGUUAG